AUGCCGAGAAAGCCGAGCCGACGGAGGGACAGGCGGUCCAAUCGCUACCCAAGUAAGGAGCGGAAUUCGGAGCCGGAGCCAUCUGUUUUCCAGCGUGUCGUUAUUAGGUUCGGCCCGCGCCAGAUCCGGGCCGAGUCGGCGAUGGUGAGGACGUACAACGACAGCACCGGGGCAGCGCCUUUCGACUCCCUGCAGGUAGCCGACAUCGGCGACGUGAACGUGAACCUCUACAACCUGCCCGACAGCUGCCGCCUCAUCCGAGAGUCCUACCAGAAGAUCGUGGCCUCCGGCUGCGUGCCCCUCACCUUGGGUGGAGAUCACACCAUAACGUACCCCAUCCUGCAGGCCGAGGCGGAAAAGCACGGUCCCGUGGGACUGGUGCACGUGGACGCUCACACCGACACCGGAGACAGAGCCCUGGGGGAGAAGAUCUACCACGGGACCCCGUUCCGGCGCUGCGUGGAGGAAGGGCUGCUGGACUGCAGCAGCGUCGUCCAGAUCGGCAUCCGAGGCUCCUCCUACGGCCCCGAUCCUCACAAGUACUGCCGGGAGCAGGGCUUCCGGGUGGUCCCGGCUGAGGAGUGCUGGAUGAAGUCCCUGGCGCCGCUGAUGGCGGAGGUGCGGAGGCAGAUGGGCGACAAGCCGGUCUACAUCAGUUUUGAUAUCGAUGGAGUCGACCCUGCGUACGCCCCGGGCACCGGGACGCCGGAGAUAGCCGGGCUCACACCUGCGCAGGCUUUGGAGAUCAUUCGUGGCUGCAAAGGGCUGAGCGUGGUGGGCUGCGACCUGGUGGAAGUGGCCCCGAUGUACGACGUCUCCGGCAACACAGCCCUCCUGGGGGCAAACCUGCUCUUCGAGAUGCUGUGUGUCCUCCCCGGAGUGAAGACGGUGUGA